CACAGAUACCAUCACAUCAAACAAACUCAGCCCUUUUUUCAGACUUACCUCCUAUUGACCUAAAUCAUAAUGCCUCAGAUCAAUCACGUUAAGAACAUAGCUAUCGUUGGCGCAACCGGGACAGUUGGGACGUACAUGGUGGCAGAGCUCCUGAAGCUAGGGAAGCACGAAAUUACGGCGAUUACGCGCAAGAGCAGCUCGGCCGCCAGUCAUCUCCCCCAAGGAGUGAAGGUUGCCGAGGUGGACUAUGACGACGAAUCAACACUAGUAGCUGGGUUAAAGGGUCAAGAUGUACUCAUUAUUACCGUGGGGAUCACGGCUCCCCCAGAUACGCAAUCCAAGCUGAUUCGCGCUGCUGCUAUUGCUAAUGUACCCUUCGUGCUACCUAACGAAUGGGGAUGCGACAUGACAGACGAAGCUUUGGGAAACGAUAUCCUCCAAGGAGAACGUGAGCGUUCCACACGAAAGUUGAUUGAGGAAUUAGGUAAAAGUUCAUGGAUAGCUGUAGCAACGGGCUUCUGGUACGAUUACAGCCUUGGCUUUGGAAAAGGCACAUACGGUAUGGAAUUGAAGACACGGACCUGGACGUUUUUCGAUAAUGGCGAGACCAAGAUGAACACUACUACCUUGCCGCAAGUAGGUAGAGCCGUAGCUCAGCUACUAUCUUUGCCGAUCGAACCCGAGAAGGAAGGAGCCCCGAUCUUGUCAACUUACAAGAACAAGUUUGUAUACGUGUCUUCAUUCCAUAUUAGCCAGAAGGACAUGUUCGCCUCUGUUCUCCGUGUCACGGGUACCAAAGAGUCAGACUGGACGAUUGAGUAUGAAGAGAGUAGUAAGCGUUUCCAAGACGCCCAGAAGCGGGUAUUAAGUGGAGAUAUGCUAGCCUAUUCUCAAUUCCUUUACAGCAGAGUCUUCCGAGACGGAUCCAACGAUUUUGAGGGCAAGUAUGGGUCAGUUGCUAACGAUGCUCUGGGUCUGCCGAAGGAGGAUCUUGAUGAGGCUACGAGGAUUGGGAUUGACCGUGCUGAAGAAUUCCAGGCGAAGUAUAAAUGAUAAGGAGAUUAAAAUACCCCCCUUCUCUCCCUUUCCCCGAAGUGUACGCAAGUAAAUAUAGCAUGUAAC